CUUCUAGACCUACCAUCACUGGGACUCAAGGUUUUUGGGACAGACGUGCGCCUGUGUAUGUCCACAAGCGACGCACACGCAUAGCUGGUCCAUCCACCCAGCACCCAGCCACACACACCCCCACCACGUCACCAGGACCCCUCUGCACAGGAACACAAAGGCCCGGUCCACCUCUGCGCGUGGAGGGUCAGACACCCCCUCCUCUCCCGGGGGGCGUGGCGUCGGGGACCCAGCUGUCUCUGCCCACCCGCAAGGCCGUCUCUCCUCUGGGUCUGGGUCUCGAGGGACAGUUUCCUGCCUGGAAAGCCAACAGCUGGAAGAGGGUGGAGCUGGGGGUGCAGGGGGAGGUGAGCUUGCCUGCAGCCUGGGGGCCGCAGCCCUGUGCCCCUGACAGGGCCCUGCUGGCACAGGGUCUGGGCUGGGGAGGGAGUGCCUCGCUCUCCGCCCGCUGACCAAGGGGAGGGUGGGGAUGGGCUCCUCCUGCUACCGCCCAGCUCUCCCUGCAGACUCAGCCGGGAUGGGGUCCCCAUUCCUGCGCGCGGUCCUCCUGUGGCUCCCAGGCUUCCUGACCGAGGGCCUCUGCACCUCGGUGUCCUGCGGUGAUGCCCUUCGGCCAUGUCUGCGGAAGCCAGACGAGAGGACAGCCUUUUCUCUGGUCCUGGCUGGAGCCCAGAGCCUCUGCCCAUCUCUUCCCACACCCUUGCCCCCUCCCUACAGGAAGACAAGUGCCCCUCCCUGGAAGGGGGUCCACUCGGGGAGAGUGGAGGUAGGUGCCUUCCAUGGCGAGGGGGCUGGGCAAGGCUGUUUCUCUGCCCAGACCCCGCCUCUGCUCUGGCCCUUCCGGCCUCUCCUCCUCCUCUGGGGCAGAAGGUGUUGGGAGACUCUGACCCAGCCCUUCUCCCCCGGACCGCCUCUGAGGGUGAAUGUCAGCGUCCAGGGGAGGUCUGCCAGCCACACCCUCUGCCUCAGCCGCCUGACCCCCCUGGGGUCCCCGGAAGAGCAGCCAUUCCGGGCCCACACCAACGCGUCCAGCUUUGAGUUCCAGGACCUGGUGCCGGGAAGUCGCUACCAGCUGGAGGCGACAGCCCUGCGCCCCUGAGGGCAGAACACCACUGUCAUCCGCACUGCCCACACAGCCCUGUUGACGGUCCAGGACCUGCAGCUCCGUAGCUCGGGGAGCCCGUCCCGCCUGGAGGCCUUGCGGGGCGCUGCCCCCGGGGGGCAGAAUGGCUACCAGAUUCUCUUCUACCACCUGGAGUCACAGACAUUGGCUCACAAUGUGUCCGCGUCCCCGGGCACCCUGUCCGACAAUUCUAGUGACCUCUUACCCGGCAGCGAGCACGCUCUGGAGGUUCCCACCUGGGCUGCCGACCUCCAAGCGAAGCCCAGCAUCCAUCAGUGGACAGUGCCUGUGCCUCCAGCUCAGCUGACGCUGCGUGCGCCAGGUGCCAGUGCCCUGCAGGCCUCCUGGAAUGGCUCUGGGGGCGCCGCCUGGCUGCGUCUCGUGCUCACAGACCUCUUCGGCGACUCCAACCUGACGGCGGGGGUCACACGGGGCAUCUCCAGUCACACCUUCCCUCGCCUCUCUCCGGGAACCCCCUAUGAGCUGACACUCAGCGCUGUUGCCGGGCCCCAUCUGGCAGCAGGGCCCAACGCCACCGAGUGGGCUGGUGCGUGCUGGAUCCCUCAGUAACCCCUGGACCUGGUACUCGCUCCCCGGCCCCCAGAGCUCUGGGCCACCUGGAAGGCAGGGCCGGGGGCCCGGGAUGGCUACCUGCUCAGGCUAAGUGGGCCGGUGGAGAAGACCAUCACGCUGGGCCGGGCCCUUAAUGCCACGUUCCCGGGGCCCCUGCCCGCUGGACACUACGCUCUAGAGCUGAGGGUUCUGGCCGGGCCCUAUGACGCCUAGGCCCAGGCCAGUGCCUGGCUGGAGGGGAGUCUCCCAGCACCGGAAAGGCAAUGGUACCGAGCUGCCCCGGACGGGCUGGAGGCCGGCAGGGAGCCUGGGACCCAGGUACUGCCCUACACCCAGGGAGCCCCCAGCCUCCUCAGAAACAUCGCUGGGCCACCUGGUGCCACCCAGGUCACUCUCCAGGGACAUGGGGCCCACUACCAGGGGACAGUGGACACUGUCCCCUCUCCAGGCAACACCCCCCUGAGCACCAUAAGUCACACAGGGCCCCUGGCACCGCAGUCGCUGGAGGUCAUCGGCAGGGGCAGCCCCUCUGACUUGACCGUUGGCUGGGCCCCAGCACCAGGGCAGCGGGAAGCCUACAGGGUCGGCUGGCGCCAGGAGGGCAGCCAGAGCUCUCUGGGCGGUCUUGUCGCCCUGGGCCCCGAUACUUCCGGCCUGACGCUGAGGGGCCCCGUGCCCGGCUCCUGCUACACCAUGUGGGGACCAGGUGGACCAGACGUCACCUUCCAGGAGCUGGUGGUCUGGGAAGCAGUCCCUGCGCCUCCCGCCAACCUGAGCCUGGGCCUGGCCGCCCAGCCCCCUGCCCUGCGGGCUGUCUGCAGCACCCCCCACCCCCCUGUCGGGGGCAGGAACAGCUUCCUCCUGUGGCUGUACCACCUGAGCCCCCUGGCUCUGGAGGGUGAGGAGACCCUGACCCCCAAGGCACACUUCUCCUGGGCCCAGCCGGCUCCGGGCACCGAGUUCCUGGCGUGGCUGUCCACCCUGCAGGGGCCGGACAAGAGCAGCGGCACCAGUGCCACAGGCUGGACACCCCCCCUCGCCCCCCCUCUCGUAAGUGUGGCCAGUGAAGGCCCCACCCAGCCCCGGGCAUCCUGGGUCCACACGCCGUGGGGCCGGGACAGCUACCAGGGGACCCUGUACCAGGCAGGUGUCCCGGUGGGCUCCAGCCCUGUGGGGGCCCAGGUGGACAGUGCCAGUUUCUCAGCUCUGACUCCGGGCACUGAGUACGAGGUGCAGGUGGUCGCACAAGCCGGGCCCCUCCAUGUGGCAACAGCCGGCGCCUCCGGCUGGAUCUCCUCACUGGUGCCCAUCAAGCUGCUGGUGUCCAUGCAGGCGGGCAGUGCUGUGGUCAGCCUGGCCUGGGCCAGCGGCCGCCUGGGGCACGGAGUGUGCCGCACUCACCUCUCCCUGUCCGUGCUGUGCCAGGCGGGGCCGCUCCAGGCCUCCACGCACCUGGUGCUGCUGCCCGUGGAGCCCGACCCAGUGGAGGACGUGCGGUGCCAGCCCGAGGUCACCCGCAUGGCUCUGGCCUGGAUGGUGCCCAAGGGGGACGUGGACACGUGUCCGGUGGUGGCGGAGCAGCUGGCAGCAGGAGGGGACGCCCACCUUGUCUUCCAGGCCAACACCUCUGGGGAUGCCCUCCUGCUGUCCCGCCUGCAGCCCGCCACGUCCUACCGCCUCAGCCUCUCCGUGCGGGGCAGGAACGGCCCGUGGAGCCGGGAAGUCACCGUGGUGUGUGCCACUGCUGCCGAGGCCUGGCACCCCCACCCCCGAUCUGGCCGAGGCCCCCAGCUGGAGCCUGAGAUGGGGAUGGACGUGCUGAUAUCCCAGGGCAUGUUUGGCGAGGAUGACGGGCAGAUCCAGUGGUAUGGCGUCAUCGCCACUGCUAACAUGCCGCUGGCACGGCCUCCCUGUGAAGCCAUCAACCACACCUGAUACGACCACCACUAUGGGGGAUGUGACUCCUACCUGGCCGUCCUGCUCCCCAGCCCCUUCUACCCGGGGCCCUGGGCCGUGCCGACGUCCUGGAUGGUGCCUGUGGGAACAGAGGACCGCGGCCAGACCCAGGAUGUUUGUAAUGGGCAGCUCAAGCCGGGUUCCCACUAUUGGUUCAGUGUUGCAGCCUUUACCAGGUACAGCUCUGAGACCCUCAUCUCCUUCUCAGCCUUCUCAGAGCCCCGGGCCAGCGGGUCCCGGGCGGCCGUGCCCCUCCCAGCAGCGGUGGGCGUCGCAGCGGGCGGUGGCCUUGCGCUUGGCGCCUUGCUGGGCCUGCUGUUCUGGAGGCGAGUGCAGGGGCGGAGGUCGGAGAAGAACCUGUGCUCCCAGGAGCUGGCGGCUUGCAACCUGUGGACCCACCGACCCAUCCCUGCCCACAGCUUCCGACAGGGCUAUGAGGCCAAGAGCGCCCGUGCCCACCAGGCUUUCUUUCAGGAGUUCGAGGAGCUGAAGGAGGUGGGCAAGGGGCAGCCUAGGCUGGAGGCCGAGCACCCUGCCGACAACGAGAACCGCUACCCUCUCGUGCUGCCCUAUGACCACUGCCGGGUCAGGCUGACCCCGCUGGAUGGAGAGCCUCACUCCAAUUACGUCAACACCAGCUUCAUCCCGGGCUACACCCGCCCGCAGGAGUUCAUCACCACCCAGGGGCUUCUAAAGAAGACCCUGGAGGACUUCUGGCAGCUGGCGUGGGAGCAGCAGGUCCGGGUCGUUGUCAUGCUGACGGUGGGCAUGGAGAGUGGGCGGGUGCUACGUGAGCACCACUGGCCAGCCGACUCCACCCCUGUCACCCACGGUCGCAUCCCCGUCCACCUCCUGGCCGAGGAGCCCGAGGACGAGUGGACCACACGGGACUUCCAGCUGCAGCACGCUGCCCAGCAACUGUAGUGGACAAUGAAGCAGCUGCAGUUCACCACCCGGCCAGACCACAGCGUCCCCGAGACCCCCAGCUCCCUGCUGGCCUUUGUGGACCCCGUUCGGGAGAGGAGUGGGGCCUGUCCUGCCCUGGGCCCUCUGACCCGCAGUGCAGGCGUGGGCCGCUCGGACACCUUUGUGGCCCUGUCAGGGCUGCUGUAGCAGCUGGGGGAGGAGGAUACAGUGGUCAAGCCAGAGGCCGACCUCAGGCUGGUGGAGCUGCAGCUGCCGGACUGGCCUCCAGGUGGCGCCAGACUGCCGACUCAGGCCGGCCCGGACCGCCAGGUGGGCGCGUCCCCCAGCCGGGCGCCUGGCUCCAUCCCGGGAGCAGGGUCCAGGGCUCCCGGGCUCCCACCUGACUGGGGCCGCGUGCAAGACGCUUUGAGCCAGGAUGCGGCGGGUGACCCCGAGUUGUCCUUCUGGGGCUGCUCCCCCCCCCAAGUGGGUGACCUCGAACAAACAAGGUGCUUCCGGGGCCCUCCUCCGAUCCCCUGUGGCCCCGAGGCUGUCCGCUCUGGCACAGGGUCCUGA